UCAGUUUGGUUAUAGCGGGGCAGGAGCGAGCACACGGCCGUAUGUUCAAGUCCAAGUCCUUCGAUCUGGUCAGUGAGGAUAAGACGAGGCGGGCAGAGCGGCUCUACCAGCCGCGACGGAUGCGCUGGCUAAAGUACAUCGUCCUGCCCGCCGUCUUUGGGUUUGUUCUUCUGCUGAUCCUCUGCAACGUGGACUUCUCCUACGACGAUGACGAUGACGAUGCGGAUGAUGCCUUAUCCUCGGCCUCGGUGGACAGUCAUCAGUGGUGGAGGUUGGUCGAGGAGGAAGGUUUGAUUGUGGUCAACGAGCUGGAGCAGAUAUAUAACCAGAGCGAGUGUCCAGGCGAAACUGCGCUUUUUGUGUCUGGAUACAAGUUUCCGAACGGCAGCCUGGACGGGGACUUCCUGAGUGGCAGCUUCCGGCUGCAGAGCCUGGAGAUAGCCGACUGUGAUUUGAGACGCAUAGAAGACGGCACCUUCGACCAGAGCAAGCAGCGCGGCCUGAUGACCCUGCAACUGAGGAACACCCAGCUCCAAUCACUGACUGCAGCUGCCUUUCGGGGACUCCAGCAGCUUCAGAACUUUACGCUGAUCAACGAGGAGGAGUCCUUUGAGGCGGGGGGCUUUUUAGCACCACUUGCCAGUACCCUGCUCAGCGCCAGGAUCCAUCAGAGCUACUCGGAUAGAGUCUCCUACUCAGUCAGUGACUUCUUUGGAGGCCAGAAUUUCACUCAGUUGAAGUGGCUCGACCUGAGCGGCACUAACCUCGGGGAGCUCCUCCUCUGGGAUUCGUUCGGCUGUCUGCCCGCCCUGGAGCGACUCAUUUUGGUGGAUUGUGGUAUUAGCCAAGUAGAGUGGAACACAUUUCCCAGUUGUUUUAGAUCAUUGCGAUACUUGGACCUGAGUGGGAACCCACUAGAGACAAUCAGUGGCAACUUUCUGCCACCCAUGAGGGAGCAAGGCAUUGAAUUGGAACACACUGACAGUACCGCGAUGAUGGACUCGGAUUAUGAGCAGGAUAUGGCUUCUACGCCAGUCUAUAGCACAGCCCAAGUCAUGACCUUCACUCAAGAGAUACAACCCUUUGUUCCUGGGGUUCGUACCACGACCGCCGAACCAACAACAAUUUUAGAGACUGAGAGCACGACGUGGACAACGGAAACGUCAACGACCUCAGCACCUUUGGCCUGUUUGGAAGAAUUAUGCGAAAUUCUCAACUGCACCGAUAUCAAGGGACGGUCCAGCGAAACGCGGUUGACCUACAAUGCAUCUCUUCAGUUCAAGGAUCUAAGUAACGCUGUGGUGCAGGUCAGGCUCUCCCACUUGCAGUCGCUUCAGUGGCAGCUGGUGUACUUCUCCACGGCCUCAUGGAGCGGCUAUGUGGAGCAGGAGAACACCGAAGAGAGCACGGAGGACAACGGAGAUGUUGUGGUGGCGGUCCCAAACCUGGACUGCGGCACCCCAUUCGUCUUCUGCGUGGUGAUGGCGGGAGAGAAUGUCACCUCCCCACUGAACUGUCGCUCGCACAAGACUCUGAACUGUGUGAAAUACUACACGCUGUCCUGGUUCGAGGCAAACAGCGGCCUAAUCAUAGGUCUGGGAAUAGCUGGCAUUCUCAUCUGUGUGGCCUUGGGCAUGCUGAUCGUCUACGUGGCCCUGCGACUGCAGCCGAAGUGGCUAAGGGGUAGCCGCAGAUUGGUGCGUCCUCUGAGGGACUCGAACACGAUGUUUCUGGUGCCGAAGGGAUGCCAGCAGGAGGAAUACGGCUACCAGGGAGAUCCCACCUCUAAGAACGACAAUUACGACUACGUCGCCUUCCACCGCUACUUGGAGCAAGCGAAUCUCUAUCGAACGGAAUCGAAUAAGUAUAUUUCCCCGCCCCGGGAGCGGGCUCCGUCCGUGCCCCCCUCCAGCGAGGCAGCCGCCAAGAAGAACUAUGUCUACGAGAGCUUUGACUUGUACGAGGAACUGCCUCCACACGUCCCUUGAGUCGGCACAAAUAUUCGCUCCAUAUCGCAGUUAUUGUUGUGAGUAAUUGAUUGCUGAUUGUCAAUAAUGCCUAUUGGCAGAUCUAAAUUCAUUAAACCGAUAAGGUUUGUAAGGGCAAUAGACAUAGCUAGCCAUAAAUGGGCAGAGUAUCUCAAUCCCAGAUAGUUUUAGAGGCACUAAUAAAAAUCGGAGUAAUCAAAA